AUGCUUCGGCGAUCACUCACCACCACAGCCAAUCUGGCCAUCAAAUCCAGGGCCUUAUCCUCGGUUGCUUCCUCAUCUCGGGUGCCCCUUGUUGGAGUAGCCAUCGGUCGAAUCGCUCCGAACUGCAGCCCCACUUGGCGACCGGCACCGAUUGGCGCUCGAUCAGCUUCGACCUCUUCCACCUGUGAGUACAGCCACCUCGCGCAGUAGCCAUCGGUUCGCUGAUCAGAUGUCACGUUGUCCACAGCUUCCGAUGCUCCCAAGGUACGGACUCCAUGCUGCCCGAGACCGGCUGCGGCUGAUUGACGCGCCAUGAUGGAGUUGGCACUGACGUCAGUUCGCACGCUGGACCGCUUGCGGUGCCUACAGCUCCAGGAUACUGGCUUGUGGAUCACGUCGGGGUUGAUCAACGGCGAAUGGACCUCUGGAACGGCGACCAAGACCUUCUCCGUCAUGAGUCAGUCUACUCUGAACGUAAAGUUCCACCCAGCGGUCGGUGGGCGGCGGCUUCAUUCCACUGUAUCCAUUCCACAGAUCCUGGUACAGGAAAGCAAAUUGGUACUCUGCCUGAUAUGGGCUUGGAUGAUACCAAGCAAGCCAUCGACAGAGCAUACGAAGCCUUCCAGACGUGGGGCAAAACCUCCGAGUACGAGCGGAGCAAGAUCCUCGCCAAGAUGUUCCAGUCAGUCGACGAUCAUCAUCAUCUGACCUCUCUGACAGUGGGAAAAAGGACCCUGAUUUAACACUCCGGCUCCACCCCCAGAUUGACUAAUGAGUCCGCCGAAGAUUUGGCGCAAAUCCUGACCGCCGAGAACGGCAAACCUCUCGUCGAUGCUCGAGGCGAAAUUAGUUACGGUGGAUCCUUCUGGGAAUGGUAUGCUGGAGAAGCUGUCCGAAGCUACGGCGACAUCAUUCCUAGCUCGGUUCCGGGAGUCCAAAACACCGUCAUCAAGCAGCCUGUCGGCGUGUGUGGUAUCAGUGAGUUGCCCAUCACUGCCUAGGCCUCUUGCUGAAAGCUCCAGCUCAACCCAUCUACUCCAAUCUCAGUCACUCCUUGGAACGCGAGUCAUACCUACUUUUCAUCAUUACUUCAAUCUUCAUUAUCCAACUGAUCGAAUGUAUGGGUUUGCAGUUCCCCAACGCCAUGGUCACAAGAAAGGUCGGAGCCGCCCUUGCCGCAGGCUGCACCGUCGUCAUCAAGGUCAGCAUAGCGAGUGUACGAUCGUCCACAGUUUUUCGGGCCUGAAACUUUUGUCCCACCUCAGGCGCCUUCCGAAACACCCUACUCGAUCCUCGCUAUCGCCGAGAUCGCCAAACGAGCCGGCGUCCCCGACGGUGUCAUCAACGUCAUCCUCACGCAAGAAUCCACUUCUGCCGUCGGGAAAGAACUUUGCGAGAACCCCAAGGUCCACAAAGUUUCCUUCACCGGUUCGACGAGGGUCGGUAAGAUCUUGAUGAAGCAAUCGAGUGAAUCGUUGAAGAAGUUGAGCAUGGAAUUGGGUACGUACGUUCGCACCGGCGGGGCGUUUUGGGAUCCUGCCUCACGGGCUCGUCUUUCGCACACAGGUGGGAAUGCGCCGUUGAUUGUGUUUAAUGAUGCCGAUCUCGACAAGGCCGUGGCGGGGACGAUCGUUUCCAAAUUUCGUUUGAGUGGUCAGACUUGGUCAGUUCGCGAAAUCGAGCCAUCAACCUUUUGCCAAACACAGGUCGGACUAAACGAGGACUCUCUCGCCGAUCAGCGUCUGCGCGAACCGUAUCCUCGUCCAGGAUGGCGUAUACGACAGAUUCGCGUCCAAACUCGCCGACGCCGUACGCAAGUUCAAAGUCGGGGAAGGGACGGGAGAGGGGAUCACGCAUGGUCCUUUGAUCCAUGAGAAUGCGGUCAAGAAGGUCAAAUCCCAUGUUGAGGAUGCGAAGAAGAAAGGAGCCAAGGUCGUUGUUGGGGGGGAUGUGUUGGAUUUGCCGGGGUACUUCUUCCAGGUCAGUCGUAAGAGUAAGGAGUUGCUUCGAAUUGCAGGGAGAUUGAACUGACGACCUCAAUUCGAACACGAAAACAGCCAACGGUUCUCAUCGAAGUCCAACGCUGCGCCAUCGACGAGGACGAAACCUUUGGUGAGAAGGAAGUACAAGUAGACACAACAAUGCUUCCCAGAAAGCUGAUGGUUCGCCUUGGGGCGUAUAUCCUUUCCCUUUCUCUUAGGUCCGCUCGCGGCCUUGUACCGCUUCAAGACUGAGGCCGAAGCGAUCGAACGAGCGAAUGAGCCUGAUGUUGGUCUGGCUGCGUAAGCACAAUCCUCGCCUCCCCAUGCAGGCAUCUACCUGAUCUGACUUUUAUCCUCUCAGCUACAUCUUCACCGAGAACAUCUCGCGCAUGCAUCGCGUAUCCGCGGCUUUAGAAACGGGAAUGGUCGGUGCGAACACGGGGGCCAUCUCGCAAGCUGGGAUCCCGUUCGGCGGCGUCAAACAAUCUGGGUUCGGGAGGGAGGGGUCGAAGUAGUACGUUGUUGCGAUUUGGUCAUCGAGACUGAGUGUGACGACGAAGCUGAUGCACGUUUGCGGUAAUGGUUCCCUUUUUUAAAGUGGUCUCUCGGAGUAUCAGAUCAUCAAAUUCGUGGCGAUCGGGGGAUUGAACUGA